AUGAUUGGUCACGAUUGGCCAGGAAAUGGCAACUCUGGAGGAGGACCGAGGCCGCUGCAGCUGAAACUGGAGUCGUAUACGCAGCCGUGCCUAGCAAAGCUAAAAAGGCAUCACACCAAGCUCAUUUUAUCGCGAAUAUCAAACUCACUGGAUAAAAUACUGGAUUCCUUGAGCGAGGAGCGGUUAAAAGAUGUGUACGAGGAAGUUGGCGUAACCCCGGAGGGUAGCCAGGAUUUCCUGAGCUUCCUGGAAUCACUGCUAUCAUUUAGCCCAGAGGGGAACUCCGUGGCGCUUAUGAUAGAAAAAUUGAAAAACUAUUGCACAAACGACGAUUUACUCUCCAGUGUAGAAAGCAUCAGGGCCGAUUGGGCGAGCAUAACAAGCAUAUGUACGGAUUCUAACUUAGAAAGGUAUACACAUUUAGUAAAAUCGGAUUUAAAGGAGAUAGAGCCGCUUUUAGUGGAUCUAGAGCACGAAAAUAGACCAGUGAAGGAGGAGCCGAAUCAGUUUAAAAGGGCGCUGUCCUCACUGAAGCCAAUCAGGCUAGGCAACUUUGUGAAGAUACACCAGGUGGGACAGGGAGCAUACGGAGACGUGUGGCUGGCAGAGGACAUAGUGAACAAGGUGCCCGUGGCACUGAAAAAACUUAAGUUGAACGAGGAGAGGGAAGGCUUCCCGAAAAACGCAAUCAGAGAAAUACUGCUGCUAAACUCACUGAAGCAUAAAAAUAUCGUAGACCUGCUGGGCAUAUCGUACUCUAAGACGUACGACUCGAGCACAGAGAAGACGAGGCCCGACGGAAAGGAUGCGCAGAACGAGAGCGACGAGAGGAAGGACAAUCAGGGAGACGACAAGGACACGCCCCGGAAGGACAGGCCCACGAAGGUGAAGAAGGACCCCAAGGGGAGCAGAAGGCCGGACAAGCAGAAGGAGAACGUGUGGAUGGUCUUCGAGUACCUGCCCUUCGACCUGAGCGGCUACCUGGAGGCGCUCCGAGACAAGUCGGACAGGCACGACGUCCACAAGAUGCACGAGGGCGACAUGAGCAGGAUGAGCAGCAGGCCUGGGACGAUGCAGCAGAAGCCGAACGCGAGGAUGAACAAGUGGGAAAAGAUGCUGAAGCCCACAAUGUGGCUGAGCAUCGGGGAGAUCAAGGGCAUCAUGUUCCAGCUGCUGCGGGGCCUGGCCUUCUGCCACAAAAACAACGUGCUGCACCGGGACCUGAAGACCGCGAACCUGCUGAUGAGCAACGAAGGCAUCAUUAAGCUCGCCGACUUUGGGCUCGCCAGGUUCCUGCCGCACGGCAAGGGCAUCCUGACGAACCGCGUGGUCACGCUCUGGUACAGGCCGCCGGAGCUGCUGCUGGGGAGCGAAAAGUACGACUUCGCAGUCGACCUGUGGAGCGUAGGCUGCAUAAUGGCGGAGCUGGUCUCGGGGGCCCACGUCUUCGCGGCGGACCGGGAGAGCGCCAUCCUGAAGCUGAUCUGCGAGCACAUCGGCCUCCCCGACGAGGCCGACUUCAAGUACCUGAAGACGCUGCCGAACUUCAACGACAGGAUGCUGAACCCGCUGCACCCGGACCGAAUAUCCUCCCUUGUCACGAAGGAGAGGGAGUUCGAGAACAUUUUUUUGAACAAGAAUCAGCUGGGCAAGGACGGGUGGGACCUGCUGAAGAAGCUGUUCAGCUGGUCGCCCUCGCGGCGAAUAUCGGCUGCGGAUGCGCUGAAGCACCCGUGGUUCCAGAGGGACCCGCUCAUGACGCUCAUAAAGGAGCGGAAGGGCAUAAAGGACGCGCACAGCUUCAUGACGAAGAACCAGAAGAAGCGGGAGACGAUGAAGACGCAUCAGAAGCCCCGGGACUACGUCAAGUACGCGAACACGGGGGAGAUUCGCAAGGUUUUGUCCAAGUUUGAAAAGGCGUAG